AUUAAGAUUAAAAAGGAACCUAAUAGUAAGGAAUUCCCCUUACUUUUUAGACUAUUGUAUAAUAUAAUCUGCAAGGAGCAUUUAAUUUUAAAGAAAAUAUUAAAACACUUAUUAAAUAAAGAGUUUAUUAAAGUAAACAAUUUAGAAGUAAGUACGCUAAUACUAUUUAUAAAAAAACUAGGGGGUAGCCUCUACUUUUACUAUAAUUACUAG